UUGGCCGACAGUGACAGACAGGCGCUCUCAGCCAAUAGCCUGCUGGGGAAUCAGCUGACUGGUCUGGACAGCGCCAGGUGUUUAUAUCAUUUUUCUUCUCCAUCCGUAGGAGGAGCAGGCGGCGGCGACGGCGGCGGCACAGCGGAGGAAUAUCGGGGCGACAAACCGGUCGGUGUUGGGUUGCAGCAGGUUGGAGAUCUCUGUGCAGACCGCACCAUGCCUCUCUCCGAGGCGCCCUGGGACUGAUCGGAUACACAGGCGACAAAUUGCUGUAAACAGCCACCAGCUGAACCCCUAAGGAUACAGGAAUAUGUUUUCUUACGUUGUCUGAUAAAAACCAUUCACUUGCCACAUUAACAUUGAUCUUAUUGCCGUGUAUUGACGCGUAUAUCUGGAUAAAGCAGCUGUGCGCUUGGGAACGUCGGACUGGAAUGCCAACAAGAUUACUCUGGGGCUCCAAGACCUAGAUGUAAUAUCCUACCCUCUACUUCAACUCCUCACCAUUUCACUGGACUGACAGACCUAAUCAGCGAAAAGUCUGGUUGAUGACUGUUACGCACUCUAUCCCAAAAUCAUCUGUCCCUCCUCCUGUCUUACCCCAGCAUGGCUAGACGGAGGUUAGACUGCUUACUUCUAGGCCGGGUGUUAGCUGGCCUGACGCUGGUAUCGAUAGGACUAUCCUUCGUCCAGAGCAAUGAAUGCCCCCAGCUGUGUGUGUGCGAGAUCCGGCCCUGGUUUACCCCUCAGUCCACCUACAGAGAAGCCAUCACAGUGGACUGCAAUGACCUUCGCUUAACACGCAUCCCGGGAAACCUCUCCAGUGACACUCAGGUACUCCUCCUUCAGAGCAACUACAUUGCCAGGACCAAUGACGAGCUGGAGCAGCUCUUCAACCUGACUGAGCUGGACUUGUCCCAGAACAACUUCAGUAGCAUCCGGGAUGUUGGCCUUACCAAUAUGUCCCAGCUCACCACGCUUCACCUGGAGGAGAACCAGAUCACGGAAAUGCCAGAUUAUUGUCUGCAGGACCUCAGCAAUCUGCAGGAGCUCUACAUCAACCACAAUCAGAUCAACACCAUCUCUGCCAAUGCCUUCUCUGGGCUCCACAACCUGCUCAGGCUUCACCUUAACUCCAACAAGCUUAAGACCAUCAACAGCCAGUGGUUUGAAUCAACGCCCAACCUAGAGAUCCUCAUGAUUGGGGAGAACCCUGUUGUUGGAAUAAUGGACUUCAAUUUCAAGCCACUGGGUAACCUUAGAAGCCUUGUUUUGGCUGGAAUGGAUUUGACAGACAUCCCUGGAAAUGCCUUUGUGGGACUUGACAAUCUCGAGAGCCUCUCUUUCUAUGACAAUAAGCUGGUCCGAGUUCCUCAGAGAGCCCUUCAGAAACUACCUAACCUUAAAUUCUUGGAUUUGAACAAAAACCCAGUGCACAAGAUUCAGGAAGGAGAUUUCAAAAACAUGCUAAGACUGAAGGAGCUGGGCAUAAACAACAUGGGAGAGCUGGUUUCUAUGGACCGGUACGCUCUGGACAAUCUUCCUGAGCUCACAAAGCUGGAGGCUACAAACAACCCCAAGUUCUCUUUCAUCAACCGUCAAGCCUUCCGUGAUGUCCCAGCCUUGGAGAGCUUAAUGUUGAACAACAAUGCCCUGAAUGCCCUUUAUCAGUCCACGGUGGACUCUCUCCCCAACUUGCGUGAGAUCAGCAUCCACAGCAAUCCUCUGCGCUGUGGCUGUGUCAUUCAGUGGAUGAGCUCCAACAAAACCACCGUCCGUUUCAUGGAACCACUAUCCAUGUUUUGUGCCAUGCCAACAGAAGUAAGGGGUUUGCAUGUCCGAGAGGUGCUGCAGAAUAAAUUAGCAAACCAGUGCCUGCCCCUGAUUUCCCAUGAUACUUUCCCAAGCCACCUCAACCUUGACAUCGGAAUGACCUUGGACUUGGACUGCAGAGCCAUGUCCCAGCCUGAGCCUGAAAUAUACUGGGUGACACCAAUGGGGAACAAGGUAAUGAUGGACACCCAAUCUGACAAGUACAGCCUCAGCAGUGAAGGGACAUUGAGAAUUUCUCAUAUCCAAGUAGAAGACUCUGGCAGAUACACCUGUGUGGCUCAAAAUGCAGAGGGAGCUGACACAAGAGUGACAGCUAUACGGGUGAACGGCACUCUGUUAGACAGCACUCAGCUCAUGAAGAUCUACGUCAAACAAACAGAAUCUCACUCUAUCCUUGUCUCCUGGAAAAUAAACUCCAAUGUGAUGACCUCUAACCUCAAGUGGUCAUCUGCCACCAUGAAAAUAGACAACCCACAUAUUACUUACACUGCCAGAGUACCUGUCGAUGUCCACGAGUACAACCUUACACAUUUACAACCAGCAACUGAGUACGAGGUGUGCCUCACCGUCUCCAACAUCCACCAACAAACACAGAAGUCGUGUGUGAAUGUGACGACAAAGCAAGCGACCUUUGCUGUGGAAAUAUCUGACCAAGGGACCAACACUGCUCUUGCAGCAGUCAUGGGAACCAUGUUUGCAGUCAUCAGUCUGGCCUCUCUGGGAGUAUACAUUGCCAAGAGGUGGAAGAGGAAAAACUAUCACCAUUCUCUGAAAAAGUACAUGCAGAAAACCUCAUCAAUACCGCUAAACGAGUUGUACCCUCCUCUUAUCAACUUGUGGGAGGCAGACAGUGAGAAGGAGAAAGAGGGCUCAUCUGAGGCCAAACCCAGUCAGGUGGACACCACACGCAGCUAUUACAUGUGGUGAGAGCUAUUAUCCAGCCGGAGAUUGAGAGACAUAUUUCUUUCAGGAGCACAAAUAUACAUACUUGCUUCUUCGUGUAACCGAUUUUUUUCUUUCAUGUUUCCUAUUUUCUUCGGUUUGCUCUCAGACUUCCUCUUUAAAGCAAACAACAAGCCAAGAUUUUCAGAUCUUUAGUUUAGCAUAUUGCCUUUUUACCUCUUGCCCAUUUUGACACACAAUAUGGCAGCUUUCUUUAGCUUCCUGGACUUAGUAGUUACUGUGCUUUAUUUUUAGUACUUGUUUUAAUGAACACAGCAUGAGCAUUGUCAUGGAUUCAGUACAUGCGAGCAAAGGAAAAGCUAAAAUCCAACCUGUUUUUGACAUGUUUUUAUGGAGACUGCUGUCUUUCUUUCUCUUGUAAAACAGUUUCACUGUUGACUGUUGUGCACUGAAAUAUAUAUACUAAUUUGUCUAUCAACUCAAAUAUAAGCUGACAAAGUAUGUUUAGACUUGAUAUACUGUCUAUUGAAUAAUGUUAGCAAUUCCUCUGUAAUGUUGUAUCAGCUAAUUUACUUUUUGUACAUUAAAUAAUUAUAAUAACAUAAUAAGUAUGUUUGAUUUAGACUUUAAGUUUGCAGAGCAGCUACUGUAAACCAGCAAUAGAAAAAUGAAUGUUAUGAACUAGGUAACUAGAUGUAAGGCUUUUUACAUUUCUUAAAUAUUUCUUUUCUUAUUUUGCUAGAAUAUGUCUACAAUCACUGGUUUUGUUGUGGUUUACACACACAAACGUUGUUUAUUGAGGGGCAAGUUAAAUAAAAUCUUCUUUCCUCAUAUUUUUUAAACCAUGAUUUUAACACCAAGUGUCGUUCUUAUGUAGUACACAUGGAUAAUUGAGUAUACUUAAUAAAUAUUCUAUGGAUAAACAGGCAUUUACAGGUUGGAGGUAAAGGUUUAAAUGCUUAAAUUGUUGUUGCAGGGAAAAAUCAUCUCAUAUUUAUGUCUCACAUUAGGAUUUUAUUAAUUUCAGUGUGAUGAGCGUAGCUGUAGGUGUUUGGUUACAUCCUCAGUGUUGAUAGAGAGAGAAUGGAAGAUGCAGACUGCAGUGUGUUUGCCUCUGCAAAGCAAUUAUCAGAGAAUAAUUUAAAUUCUACUCCCGGUACAAUAUAAUUACUGCAUGAAUGCCUCGGAGUACAUACAGUAACUUCAAAAACAAAGAAAUUAGUCAGUCAAAACCAAGUUCACUGUCUGUUUUAUUAUACCGGUCAUACCUCUGUAUCUCUCUAUAGCUUUAGAGACAACAUAGGGAGUAUAAUUCAGCUGAGAUAGGAAGAAGAAAAUGGUGAUUAUGGAUAAUGGACAGUUACGGCAAGUACAGACUGCAGCAUUGUUUGGCUCCAAGCAACCAUGCUAUAAUCAGCCAAAUGUUUCAUAUUCUCAGCAUUUUGUACUGUUAGUGGAAUGGAAUUUACAGCACGUCUGAGACUGCAAAUUAUUCAUCGUGUCAUUUGAUAAAGCAUUAUAGGUAGCUUUUCUUUGUCUCUUUCAGUACAAUGACAUCAAACAACCAUCUGCUUUCUCUAAAAAAUCUAGUGAGGCAGUGAUAUGUCUAAUUCACCACAAUACAAAUCCCAAUCUCAGUGGCUCACUGUUGUGAAACAUGGAUCUCCAGUAGGAGCCCAGAUGUUGACUGACAGGUCUGAGCUUUGUGGUGCAAUCAAACAAUCUCUGUGUAGUCUCCCCUGACAACGUGUUCGCUCUAGUGUAUGCUCUCUCCUGUGAAGCAUCCCUAACUGUUGUAUAAUCAGUUAAUGAAUGAUUACCAAUAUGAUAUCACUUGUAAUUAAAUGUUUAUUUUUGUCAAUAAAGUAUGUAUUUAUUGGCAGAUACUAU